CAACCGUGAUCGCCGCGAACCUUUCUUACCGACCGCCAUGGGGCAGCACCGUCAAUCAACGUUCAGCUGAGGGUUCACACACGUGGUUUGGAUCAGACAGUCGUUUGUUUUUCAAUUACUCUCUUCCCGAGGACGACUGAUUCCGAGGGAUGCAGAACGCGAUGGAGACGGAGGCGGAGACGACGGAGGUGAGGAGAGUAUUGUCACGCUUCAAGUCAGACACAGGCGAAGUACUACCCGGAGGUUUGCUUGAUCUACCGGUUGACAUAACCGUCGACAAGUUGCAACUUAUUUGCAACGCUCUCCUCCAAGAGGAAGACCCCGUACCCUUGGCCUUCUUCGUUAACGAUGUAGAGAUCAAUGACUCGUUGGAGAAAUGUUUAGAAAAGAAUUUCAGCACUAGCGAAGAUGUUGUCAAUAUCGUCUACCAGCUUCAGGCCGUCUUUAAAGUCAGAGCUGUAACCAGGUGCACCGGAUCUCUCGAAGGACACAAGGAAGCCGUGAUAUCGGUAUCGUUCUCACCAGAUGGUCAGCAUUUGGCCAGUGGCUCGGGUGAUACGACGGUCAGAUUCUGGGACAUCCAUACUCAGACACCACACUUUACAUGCGAAGGCCACAAGCACUGGGUUUUGUGCAUAGCUUGGUCUCCCUGCGGCAAAAAAUUGAUAUCUGCAUGCAAGAAUGGUAGCAUCGUGAUGUGGGAUCCUGAGAGUGGUAAACAAGUGGGAAAAACAAUGAAUGGGCACAAGAUGUGGGUUACAUACCUCAGCUGGGAGCCUUACCACAGCAAUCCCGAGUGCCGAUUUUUCGUCAGUUCUUCCAAGGACUGCGAUUUGAGGAUAUGGGAUUCAAAGCUGGGACAAACUUCCAGAGUCUUGGCUGGCCACACUAAGAGUGUCACGUGUGUCAAAUGGGGUGGCGGUGGGCUGAUAUACUCCGCAUCACAGGACAGAUCUAUCAAAGUUUGGAGAGCUACGGAUGGGGUCUUGUGCAGGACACUCGAGGGCCAUGCACAUUGGGUGAAUACGCUGGCUUUAAACACCGACUAUGUUUUGAGAACUGGUCCGUUUUACCCGCUGGAAACUUCGGCCGAUCUCUCGCCUUUGGAAAGGGCAAGAAAACGAUACGAAGCUGUAGGGCAAGAGAAACUCGUCUCCGGCUCUGACGACUUUACUCUAUUCUUUUGGAAUCCAGACAAGGAUAAAAAACCGAUUACUCGAAUGACUGGGCAUCAGCAGCUCAUAAACGAUGUCAAGUUCUCUCCGGAUGGUCGCCUCCUUGCAUCCGCAUCUUUCGAUAAGUCAAUUAAGUUGUGGGAAGGAAGUUCUGGGAAGUACAUCACUUCGCUUAGAGGGCAUGUUCAGGCCGUCUACUCAGUUUCUUGGAGUGCCGAUUCACGGUUACUUGUUAGCGGUAGUGCCGAUUCGACUUUGAAAGUCUGGAGUAUCAAGACUAAGAAGUUGGCUCAGGAUCUACCUGGGCAUGCGGACGAAGUUUAUGCUGUCGAUUGGUCGCCCGAUGGUCUCCGGGUUGCUUCUGGAGGGAAGGAUAAAAUAUUAAAACUUUGGCAGAAUUGAUUGCACACUUUGUUUUCAUGACCUAGACCACCCGUUUCAUCCCUCCUCCUCAAUUAUGGAUGUGGUUGUACAUUUACGACGGUUAAGCGAUAGUGAAAUGGAAUUUUGAUAUCACCAACUUUUCACUCUGCGAGCUUUCAUUCGACCCGUAAAAACGAUGUGCGCUUUAUUUUUAAAUGCG